UCAAGAUUGUGGUCUCUGCGGGGUAGAUUUUUUCCCAAACCUCGCCUAGCAACAUUGUCAACACCUAUACCAACAUACUUUCUCAACAGGAGUAUCAACUCGAUAAACAAUAGAGCUGCUACAACCGUCAUGAGUACUCCUAUCACGGCUCCGUUCGGUCAAUGGAAGAGCCCAAUCAGCUCUACCUUGCUUGGUGCUGAUGGUGUUCAGUUUGAAUCCAUCGCGGCAUCAAAUGGAAAGGUUUAUGUUAUUGAGGGUCGACCCAAAGAGCAGGGACGAGGCUGCAUUGUUGAAUACUCUGGUCGUGAAGGACGCGAUAUCUUACCGGCUAAAUAUGACGCUCGUACCAAAGUUCAUGAAUAUGGCGGCGCAUCGAUGAUCGCUUCCAAUGGGCAUAUCGUCUUUUCUGAUCGGGAGACACAGGAUCUGCAUAAACUCGAUCCCUCCACAGGCCAGGUUGAGCAGAUCACCAAGACAGACAUUGCUCUCCGCUAUGCGUGCACCUCCGUUAUGGGCUCUUUGUCCGAUGGUCAGGCAGACUCGGGAUGGGUUUUGGCGAUCGAAGAAGACCACUCCAAGCCCUUGCCGUCGGAAGUUCGGAAUCGACUCGUGGCAGUUAACAUGCAGUCCAGAGAGAUAAUCAACGUUGCCUCCGGCGAUGACUUCUACAGCGCUGCUCAGUUUUCACCUGAUGGCAGCAGGAUAUGCUGGACCCAGUGGUCUCAUCCAGAUAUGCCUUGGACAGGAGCCCGCCUGUAUGUGGCUAAGUGGAACAAUGGUAAGGUCACAGAUUCUCAACUUGUGUCUGGAAUUCCCAAGAAAGAAAGUGUUAGCCAGCCACGAUGGGGCUUUGAUAACACAUUGUAUUUCACGAGCGAUUGUUCAGGGUAUUGGCAGCUCUAUCGGUCUCACGUUGAUACUUUGGAAUGCCAACGGGUAGCCCUACAUGGCUUGGAAGAAGUGGAAUUUUCGCAGCCGGACUGGCGUCUAGGAAACUGCACAUACGUGUGUUUGAGUCCAACUACAAUGAUCGCAUCGUACACAAAGAAUGCUCGAUGGAGCUUCAUACUGAUCGAUCUGUCAAAUGACUCUUGGCAAGACCUGAAUGUGCCGGUAACAGACACGAUUAUUCUCGCAGAUACUCCCCUCUCGGACACAAAAGUAGCACUUCUUGGUUCCAGUGAGACAAGCUUCAAUACUGUUCUUACAUUGGACAUCGCCGACACCGUCAAUAUCAAUGCACUCAAGGCAGCUUCCGAUUUCCCCAUGCCAGCCUCUCUUGUUUCCAAGCCGGAGCAUAUAUCCUUCCCAAGAGUUCACGGCGAGAACUUGGAAGGGACAGCACAUGCCAUCUUCUAUGCACCUCAGAACCCGGAUUAUCAGCCACCCUCUGGAGCACUGCCGCCUUUGAUCGUCUGUGUGCAUGGCGGACCAACGUCUCAAACUGGAACCGGCCUGAAUACCACGGACCAAUACUGGACUUCUCGAGGUUAUGCUGUUGUUUGGGUGAAUUAUGGAGGUAGCUCCGGAUAUGGCAGAGCAUACCGGGAUAUUUUGAAUGGGCAAUGGGGAAUAAUCGAUACAGCAGAUGCUGCUAGCUGUGUAUCAUACCUAGCAUCCACUGGCCGAAUUGACCAAAACGGAGUCGGUGUUCGUGGCCAAAGUGCGGGCGGAUACAUCGUACUCCAAGCUCUUUGUGACUACCCCAACCUCUUCGCGGGUGGAAAUUCUCUGUACGGGAUAGGCAAUGUCAAGGCUCUCUGUGAGGAUACUCAUAAGUUCGAGAGUCAUUACGCAUUCGCCUUGCUAUUUGACCCUGGUGCGGAUGAAGCCGAGAAAAACCGCAUAUUCAGUGAACGCAGCCCCUGCUUGAAGGCAGACAAAAUUACUGCGCCGCUAUUGUUGCUUCAGGGAGACCAGGAUUUAGUCGUUCCUAUGAACCAGGCAGAGGAAAUGGUCGAAAUGAUGAAAAAGGCUGGUCGUGAGUCUAAGCUGGUGGUUUUCCAUGGAGAAGGGCAUGGAUUCCGGCAGGCAGAGAGUCGGAUAGCGGCCGUGGAAGAGGAGGAGAAGUGGUGGAAGAAAGGUUUGUUGAAGAUGGAUACAACUGACCUUUGA